AUGACGCGAUCUGUAUAUGGCAUGGAGAGCGUCUUGGAGGAUUCGAGUCGUGACUCAUCAUUUGUUCGGCUCGAAUUAUAUCCGGACGAGAACGCAUCCGAUAUCGACGCACCUGACGUGCCGUUUCAUCAAGUCUUCUAUGGCCAGCUCCUCUACAUCGUCAAGGUGACCCUCAAGAAGUAG